AUGCUAACAAGUAUUAGUACAUUGGUAAUUUUACUCCAGUGUCUUCAGACUGUUUACAUUGACUCUGUGCUCAUUUUACUCCUAUGUUCAUUUUACUCAAGUACCUUCAGACUGUUUACAUUGACUCUGUGCUCAUUUUACUCCUAUUAUCUUCAAAUUUUUUACAUUGACUUUGUGCUCAUUUUACUCCAGUGUCUUCAGACUGUUUACAUUCACUCUGUGCUCAUUUUACUCCAGUGUCUUCAAACUGUUUACAUUGACUCUAGGCUCAUUUUACUCCAGUGUCUUCAGACUGUUUACAUUCACUCUGUGCUCAUUUUACUCCAGUGUCUUCAAACUGUUUACAUUGACUCUAGGCUCAUUUUACUCCAGUGUCUUCAAACAGUUUACAUUGACUCUGUGCUCAUUUUACUCCAGUGUCUUCAAACUAUAUUUUAUUCUGUCUUCACACAUAAGCCCUGCUGA